AUGGCUGCAUUGCACUCCUCGAGUCAGCUCAUCUCACCUGAAAACACAGCGACCCCUUUUAUCCGCCUUCCAGUCGAAAUCAUCCGCCAGAUAACUGGGUACCUGCCCAACAGCGACAUAAAGAGCCUACGAUUGACUUGCAGGUCCCUGAGUAAGAGCACGGUUAUGCGUCUACAGCGUGUCUUCUUGUCUGCCAAUCCGCGAAAUUUCACUGAGAUCAUAUGGGACGACGCGCUUCUGACUGGAGCCAAACUACACCCGCAAACUGAGGACGAGGAACAAGACAGCGUCAGUGAUGUUUCAAGCGACAAUGCAUCGGAUUCCGAGUCGGGUUGUCCGAGAUGGUUUAUGAGUGCCUGCGAGAAUCACCUAGAGGAAAUUGAGGACGCUAAACGAGAAGACGUUGAGCGGCCAUUUUAUAUGUGGAUGGCACAAAAAACAGUGGCGCUUCUACCUGUAGAGCAGUCCUGGGAGUACUACCAAAGGCUGGUCCAGCAGGAACGUGAAGUCCUCCGCUCUGCGGCCCACGUACAGGCCUUGGAACUUGGCCUCGGUCGAUUUCCAUUGCUUAGAAGGAUAACUAUUGCACCUGCCACUUACAGAAUGCCUCUCAAUCCGUUUUACAACACUCCAAUGAUUCGCGCAUUCUCCGAAGGCUUUGACUACCCUGACGCUACCGGCAAGGACUGGCCAGGUUUCCGGUCCAUUGUAGACGCCUUGACACACAAUACGGCACACAAGGUCACGGAACUUUGCAUCGAUGCGCACGAGCUCGAGACAGGCUUGAACAUCAGACUCUUCGAGAAACCCAAUCAGUAUUAUAAGAGCUUCAAAGCGCUACUUACACAUCCCACUUUCCGUCACCUUCACAUCGAUCUUCUCGUCAGAAGGCCGUGGGAUCACGCUAAUUUCGCCGUAGUACUACAGAACGGCCAUCUCGGGUGCGCUAUUGCUGGAGCAGGGGUGGCCUAG